AUGAAUAAUUUAACAAAUAAUAAGAAUCAAAAUUCAAAUUGGAAAAUAUUCAACGCAACUGAUUAUUCAUCAUUAAUGUAUCCAACAUUUAUGUUGUGUAAAAUAAAUGGUUUUUUUCCAUACAAAAUAACUUCAACAAUUGGACCCUCAUCAACGAAAUUUACUGUCUACGUAAUUUUGCUUGCAAUAGUAAUAUAUCAUACGGAUAUAUCUGGAUUAAUAAAAUAUAAUAAUGUACCGUCGUCCUUACAAGGGCACUGCUAUUUAUGUUUAGGAUUUUGUAUCGCAUUUGUUUCAUUUAUUCAAAAUAAUUCACGCAAAGUAUUACUCUGUAAACUAAAUGAUGUUACAUCGGAAAUUCCGAAAUUGAAAUUAAAACGAUUAUCUAUAAUAAUUCAUACUAUUGAAUUCAUUGGUAUUAUAUUUUUGUUGGUACAAUUACUAAAUACAAUUACCAAUUUUUCACAAAAUAUUUAUAUGUUUCUUUUUCGUCUUACGGCAAUGUACUCAACAACUAUUACUUACUGCAUUGAUAAACUUUAUAUAAAUAAUACGUGUAUUGUUGGUACUUGUUUUACGACAAUCAAUGAAAAACUAUAUAAAUUUAAAAACGAUUUAGAAGUAAAUGAAAGACAUUUAUUGAGACGUAAUUAUCAUGAUAAAUGGAAUCCAUUAUUACUUAUGAACAUCCAAUAUAUUAUGAAACAACACAGUGAUAUUAGUAAGUUAAUUGUUGACAUUAAUGAAAAAUUUGGGUUACAAAUUGUUGCAAGUGUAACAUUGUCAUUUAUUGAAACAACGUUUUCGUUAUAUUUUUGGAUAUUAAAAUCUGUUGGUGUCACUGGUCUUGAUAUCGAUAGACAAAUAUGGGUUUCAUAUUUCAUUACAUCUCUAAGUUAUUACACAAUUAAAUUGGGAUUGAUGGUUAUUAUGUGCGAAGAAUGUAAAAAACAAUCAUAUAAAACUGGAGUUAUUGUUCAUGAAAUAUUGAAUGUUACUAAAGACAGAGAAAUUACUGAUGAGUUACAGAUAUUUUCGCUUCAACUUCUACAUCAUGACAAUACAUUUACUGCGAAAGGGCUAAAAAUAGAUGCAACUCUUCUUACAUCAAUUGUCGGGGGAAUAACAACGUAUUUUCUUAUUCUUAUACAAUUUUUAAUGGCAUCUAAAUCAUGCGCUGAAAUGCUUGGAUAA